AAAUUCUCUGUCUGAAGAUGGGAACGCCUUGGCUUUGCCCUUCUGGCUAUGGAUGGACUGUUUACUCUAAUCUCUCCUCUCUCUCUCUCUCUCUCCUUUUUAAUAUUUUUGUUCUGGGUUAAUUCUUAAAAUUAAAGAUUACUACCCUUUUAAUCUUGGACAUGGUCUUUUGUCUACCUCACAUCCCCCACCUUUCCCUCACCCAUUACUCGGUGGGUUUUGUUACCUCCCACUUUCAUCUUGUGGGAGAUUGUCAAACUUAAACCUUUUCUUCUCCUUCACUUCCCAUUUACGGAUUACUUCUUGGGUUUUCUUCUCAGAUCCUUCUUCAUAGAUCGACCCCUUUUUUUCCCCUUUUCAAAUUUCAAAUUUCCCCAUCUCUUUUGAUUCAAUCAAGUGUAUGUGGCUUCGUUUGUUGUCUGGAAAACUUUUUUGACCUGGCUCAUAUUUGAUAGAGAAAUUUACAUUUUCUCUAAUGCAAGGGCAAAGGAGUAGUAUUGGUUCUUUGUCAGAAACAAUAAACUUUGAACAUGGAUCUUCAUCAAAUAAUCCUGGUAACCAACCAGUAUACUGGAAUAAUGUGUGGAAUCCAGCAGAGAACCGAAUACCAGAUUAUUUAUUACCUACUUCUGAUGUAAAUUCUGGAUAUGUAAGCUCUGUGAGCCAUGAGCAACGAAGUUUGAGCAGAUGGAGCUUGGGUGAACCUAGCUCUUGUGAUAUGCAAACUGAGAUGCUGCCUGAUGAGCAGAAAGCUGAAAUUGGAUGGUCUUCAAUGGCUCGUGAUGCAGAUGGUCCUGUUACUGAAAACCGACUCUGUGAGCCAUCAAAUAAUCCUUCACUGGGUCAUGUGAAUCUGAGCCCACUGAUUAUACAAAAUUCUAAUUCUAAUUCUAAUGCUAUUCCUCAUAAUCUCAACUUAAAUUCAAGUUUUGUUAGUCAUGGAGGUGACAAUAGCAGAGUUAAUGAAGGUACUAACGUGUAUAAAUCUAGUGGACCAGAGGAAGGGAGGAUUUUAUGUUCUAAUGCGUCUGAUCCUCUUCUACUUCCUUCUGGAAAUAGUGGACUUCCGGUGGUUGGAAAUGAUGGUAGACCAGGCUCUUCCUUGGAUGGCCGGCGAGCACCCUGCAAAAGAAAAUCUAUUGAAGGAAAUGUUGCACAGUCCUCCCUAAGUGGAAGCAGCAACUACUCACAACAUAUUGAAAGUGGAUCAGAAGCCCAUCUUCCAGUGUUCCCUGGUCGCUACAACACAGGCAGUAGGUUAAGCAUACCUCCUCCACCAGCACGAAUGAAUCAGGCCCCUGUACGAGGUGCAGGUGAACUAACUUCCAACAGCUUCUCUGAGUCAAUUGUUGCUGAAAGCUCAGACAGUUCUCAAAGAAACUACCGUAUAAGGAUUAGUUCAUCAAAUGCACCAGAUUCUUUUGCAUCGGCAGGAACUGCUGUUAGGCAUCCUGGGCCACCAUCUUCCCAGCUGCCAGGUAGACUUCUACCUGCUGAGCAUAUACUAGACUUGAGGCCAGCACCAGCUGUAGACAAUGUAUCAGCUCAAGGUCAGCCAAUUAUGAUACAUGUGCCUGCUUUACCUCGAAGUUUGCAACCAUAUAGGUGGAAUGGAAGCUCUUCUUCCAGAAGUGGCAGUUCAUCAAGCUCUGCAGGGGAGAGGCAGGUGGUGCAACGUGAAGAGGUGAGACCAAGCAGCAUGGGAAGAAACGUAUCCGAACAUCCUAUGUUUGUCCCGGCAAAUGAGCUGAGGGGUUUGGUUCGGAGUCCAUCAAGUAGAGCUUUAGCAUCUUCGAACUUGUCCAUUCCUGGAAAUGUUGCUUCUACAUCCAGGGUUGGUUCAAGUUCAGGGGUACAUCCCUCUUCUGGACCUUGGAUUCCUCCUGAGAGUUCUCCUACACAGUUUCCCAGGAGGUUAACAGAAUAUGUUCGUAGGCAGUUAUUUGCUUCUGCUACAAAUGAGUCUGGAGGAAGGACAAGUAAUUAUUCACAGCGUUCAGGUUCUACUUCUGCCCAGGAGAUGGUCCUUUCAUCUGGAUCUGGCCGCCGGGGGCACCAUUUAUUGCAACCGAGGUCUGCAUUAUGGAUGGAAAGAAGAGGUGACAGUGGACUUGGUCUUCCAUAUUCAUUACGAACUUUGGCUACUUCUGCUGAAGGAAGUGACAAUAACAGACUUGUAUCUGAGGAUGUGAUGAUCCUGGACCAAUCACUAUUUUUUGGGAUGGCUGAUAUUUAUGAUAGGCACAGGGACAUGCGUCUAGACGUUGACAACAUGUCGUAUGAGGAAUUGUUGGCAUUGGAAGAGCGUAUUGGGAAUGUCAACACAGGACUAAACGAAGAGACAAUAGUUGCUCGACUGAAACAAAAGAAGCGGGUGAAUGCUGUUGACUCACAGGUGGAGGAAGAACCAUGCUGUGUUUGUCAGGAGGAAUACGUGGACGGAGAAGACAUUGGAACGCUGGAAUGCGGGCAUGACUUUCACACAGCAUGUAUUAAGCAGUGGCUGAUGCAAAAGAAUCUGUGUCCCAUAUGCAAAACAACUGGUUUAGCAAGCCGAGAAUGAAUGAACCUUGGUGUGGUGGUUGCUGCUUAAGAGACAAGGAGUUAAAAAAAAGCAAAGCAACUAUGGAAUGGAAUCAAGGAAGGAAAUGCUAGGAUGUUGCUUGCCAGUUAUCUACCUCUGAAGAACCACAUUCAAGUUUCUCUAUAUACAAGUAGUAGUAAAAUUUUUAUAUAAUGCAAGCAAUCAUUUUUUUAAAAAAAAUUUGUUUUGGAAGGGAAGGAAAAGGAAAAAAAAGAAAAAAGAAGAAAAAUUCAAGGGUUGUAAUUGGCAAGGAAUUGUUAGCUUUAAGGUUAUGAUGGUGAUGAUGAUGAUGAUGGUCGGUCAAACUAAUUAAUGUUUACUCCCAUUGACAUUAGAGAUUGUUGGUCUUAAUAUAUCAUCGGAUUUUUCCAUAUAUUUA